GUGACGUAAAGACGCUGAGGACAGGACGUCGAAGCCAAAGGAGGGCAGGAGACAGCUGGGUGGCCGAUCGCUGUCGUAGCCGUGUUGCUAUCGCCUUGGGACGUUGCUAACGUGUCCUGGAAACUAACGGCCCUGACAGUGAAAAAGCAGUCUGGCUCCCGAGGUCCACCCCUUAUACCCCAAGGUCCAGAUGGCGGCCAACGUGGGUGAUCAGCGUACCACAGAUUGGUCCUCUCAGUACAGCAUGGUGGCUGGGGCAGGCAGAGAGAAUGGCAUGGAGACCCCAAUGCACGAGAACCCGGAGUGGGAGAAGGCUCGCCAGGCCCUGGCCAGCAUCAGCAAAGCAGGAGCUGCCGGUAGCUCCACCAAGGCCAGCAGUAAUGGGCCUGUGGCCAGCGCACAAUAUGUGUCACAGGCAGAAGCCUCGGCUUUGCAGCAGCAGCAGUACUACCAGUGGUACCAGCAGUACAAUUACACCUACCCCUACAGCUACUACUAUCCCAUGAGCAUGUACCAGAGCUACGGCUCCCCCUCCCAGUACGGGAUGGCCGGCUCCUAUGGCUCAGGCACGCCCCAGCAGCAGUCGGCACCCCAGCACCAGGGGACUCUGAACCAGCCCCCAGUGCCCGGCCUGGAUGAGAGCAUGUCCUACCAGGCUCCCCCUCAGCAGCUGCCAGCAGCCCAGCCUCCUCAGCCCUCCAACCCCCCACAUGGGGCUCAUGCUCUGAGCAGUGGCCCUCAGCCCGGGACAGCCCCAGCCACGCAGCACAGCCAGACGGGGCCCGCCUCUGGCCAGGCUUACGGGCCACACACCUACACUGAGCCUGCCAAGCCCAAGAAGGGCCAGCAACUGUGGAACCGCAUGAAGCCCGCCCCUGGGACUGGAGGUCUCAAGUUCAACAUCCAGAAGCGGCCCUUUGCUGUCACCAACCAGAGCUUUGGUUCCAACACAGAGGGCCAGCACAGUGGCUUCGGCCCGCAGCCCAACCCUGAGAAAGCCCAGAACCACAGUGGGCCUUCUGCUCGGGGAAACCUGUCCGGGAAGCCCGACGAUUGGCCCCAGGACAUGAAGGAGUACGUGGAGCGUUGCUUCACUGCCUGUGAGUCGGAGGAGGACAAGGACCGGACGGAGAAACUGCUCAAGGAGGUGCUGCAGGCCCGGCUGCAGGAUGGCUCGGCCUAUACCAUCGACUGGAGCCGGGAGCCUCUGCCAGGGCUGACCCGGGAGCCUGUGGCCGAGAGCCCCAAGAAGAAGCGGUGGGAGGCCCCUAGCAGUCUUCACCCUCCUAGGGGGGCAGGCUCGGCGACGAGAGGCGGGGGUGCCCAGUCCCAGCGGGGGACGCCAGGGGCUGGGGGUGCUGGCCGAGCCCGGGGCAACAGCUUCACCAAGUUUGGCAACCGCAAUGUCUUCAUGAAGGACAACAGCUCUUCCUCCAGCACAGAUUCCCGUUCCCGCUCCUCCUCCAGGUCCCCGACCCGCCACUUUCGCAGAAGUGACUCCCACUCGGACUCUGACAGUUCCUACUCAGGGAAUGAGUGUCACCCUGUGGGCCGCAGGAACCCACCCGCCAAGGGUCGGGGUGGUCGAGGGGCCCACAUGGAUCGGGGCCGAGGCAGGGCGCAGCGUGGGAAGAGGCACGAUCUAGCUCCUACCAAGCGCAGCCGCAAGAAGAUGGCAGCCCUGGAGUGUGAGGACCCCGAGCGUGAUCUUAAGAAGCAAAAGCGGGCAGCCCGCUUCCAGCAUGGACACUCCCGCCGCCUGCGCCUCGAGCCCCUGGUGCUGCAGAUGGGUAGCCUGGAGAGCAGCGGGGCCGACCCUGACUGGCAGGAGCUGCAGAUUGUGGGCACCUGCCCUGACAUCACCAAGCAUUACCUGCGUCUCACCUGUGCCCCCGACCCAUCCACUGUGCGCCCUGUGGCAGUUUUAAAGAAGUCGCUGUGUAUGGUCAAGUCCCACUGGAAGGAGAAACAAGACUACGCGUUUGCAUGUGAGCAGAUGAAGUCGAUCCGGCAGGAUCUGACGGUGCAAGGUGUCCGCACCGAGUUCACAGUGGAGGUGUACGAGACCCACGCCCGAAUCGCCUUGGAGAAGGGAGACCACGAAGAGUUUAACCAGUGCCAGACGCAGCUUAAGUCACUAUAUGCUGAGAAUUUGCCCGGCAAUGUGGGCGAGUUUACUGCCUACCGGAUUCUCUAUUUCAUCUUCACUAAGAACUCAGGAGACAUCACCACAGAGCUGGCAUACCUCACUCGGGAACUGAAGGCAGACCCUUGCGUGGCCCAUGCCUUGGCUCUAAGGGCGGCCUGGGCUCUGGGCAACUACCACCGCUUCUUCCGGCUCUAUUGUCACGCACCCUGCAUGUCUGGCUACCUCGUGGACAAGUUUGCAGACCGGGAGCGCAAGGCUGCCCUCAAGGCCAUGAUCAAAACCUUCCGCCCUGCGCUGCCAGUCUCCUACCUGCAGGCCGAGCUGGCCUUCGAGGGCGAGGCCGCCUGCCGGGCCUUCCUAGAGCCCCUAGGCCUGGCCUACACGGGCCCGGACAACUCCAGCAUCGACUGCCGCCUCAGCCUGGCGCAGCUAUCAGCCUUCUGAGCACCCAGCGAGGAUGGGGGCGGGGGGCAGGGGCUGCAGCCCCCCAACGCCGCCUUUGCGGAUUUUGUUUUUGAGCCGUGGACUUGGGUUGUAAAUUAAUUUGUGGGGAUCAGGCUCCAGGAAGAGCCACUGUCCCUGCCCCCGUUUUCCCACCGGGGAGUCUGUACAGAGAUUUUUUCUACAUUUUUAUUUUUUGUCUCAGAGGGAUGGGAUUGGGGGAGGAGGGAGUGGGACAGCAGAGGGUUGGGGGCAUGGUCUGUAGGCUUGUCUGUCCACCUUUCACCUCCACUAAUGCUGUCUCAGUGUUUUUUCUCUCUCUCUUUCGAGCUUGUACUCCGGUACCCGACCCGGCGCCCUGGCCCAUCCCAUGCCAGGGGGGCCAGUGGAAAGAAGACAGGCUGUCCAGCCCGGGCCCGCCUGCGGCGGGGGCACCCAGCCACCCAGCCCACCGCCUGCUGUCUCGUCUGCCUCAUCAUAGACUCUUGUUGCCCAGCCCUCUGGGGCCUCAGUGUUUGGGGUGAGGGGAGCUGCUUAGAGACUGUGCCCCGCCCUCGGCCCCCCACCCCAGAAAUGCCAGUGCCAGCACCACCACCACCAGAUCCACCACCACGUCGCACUGAGGACUCCGGAGGCCAUCGCGGGACCUCGCCGGCCGGGCCGCCUCGUCUGAAGUUGUAUUAAGUUGUCUCCGUGUCCCCUCCUCCCUCUACCCCCAAUGUUUCUUCUGGUUUUUUUUUCCCCUUUCCCUCCCUCCUCUUCCUGCUUCCCAUCUCCCCUUGGUUCAGCACAGGUAAAAUGGUUACCCCUCCCUCCCCGCCUUCAUGGAUCACCAGCUCACGUCAUGUUUCCUUCUCUUUUCUUUUUGUGUGUGUUUAUUUAAGUUAUUUUUCUUCUUCCUCCCCCUUUUCUUUUUGGUCCUCCCUCCCUCUUCUGCCAUGUAACUGGAGGAUGUGCUGAGUUUGCAAACAGCUGGACUGUCGGGCUGCUUUUUUUCCAGAUGUUCCUCCUCUGCCUCCCCUUCCCCUCCUCUCCUCUCCCCUUUCCUUCCUUCAUUCUUUCCUUGGAGCACUGAGCACCAUUUGGAAGCUUGAGAGAAACCAAAAUUAAAGAGAGAGAGAGAGAGAGAGAAAGCA